GGGCUUUCGGCUUGAACAACCUCUUUCAAUCCAAAGGACUCAAGUGAGUGUGCUGGCUCCCUUCUUUUGCGAUUGAAAGUCUGUCGACCGAGCGAUUGUUACAAUAGGGUCCGAAUCGCUGAAAUGAAGAUCCUUUUAUUGGGGUUUUGCCUUCUUGUGCUCCAACCAUGGCGAGUAGCGACCAAGCCCAAAACCGCCACUAUUCUGAUUGUAAUGGACGGACUUCGCCAUGACUAUGUGACCCCAGAGGACACCCCUCAUUUAAAUAAAAUGAUCGAUUCGGGGGUAUUUCUUCCGAAGAUCAUCCCAGAGUUCCCAUCCCUCAAAUAUCCUAAUAUAGCGUCCUUACUAACCGGCAUGUACACUGAAAACCAUAAUGUUUUAAACUCCGAGUCUGUCUUUUCUGUCGAGUUGAACCGAACAAUUUUCCGGAACGAGACCCAGUUCUGGUCCAAAACAAAGUCUAUUGGCACUAUUUGGGAUGCAUUCAGAGCUACGGAACCAUCAGCGAAGAUAGCGACCAUGGGCUUGCCCGAGAUUAAAAACAUAUGGGAUGAGCAUCCUCAGUCCCAAGUUAAGCCCGUCAACGAAACAAGCAACAAUUCGGAACAGUCUCAAAUAAAUUUAACCGAAACCCAUAUCAGGAAAAAGGCACCCUUUCGUGUGUCUAUGGAUGAACUCAAUAACCAAACAGCUUUACAAAAAGCACUGAAGGAUCUUUUCAACACUGACGAGAAAUUAUUCGGCACGAUGUUUUUCAACGAACCCGGGCAAACUGCCCAAGCUAUGGGUCCCGAUGGUGCAAAAAAGGCAAUCAAAACCGUAGACUCAAUCGUUGGAGAAAUCUUGUCCUACAUUCAAACGCAAGAGUUGUCGGAGGUCACGAAUGUCAUUGUUUGUAGUACACCCGGCUACACAGAUGUUGCCGUGAAAGAUAUCAUAUCUGUGAAAGGUCUUUCGCAAAAGAAGAUGAAAAUCUUUGGGGAAUCACCAAUCUACCACGUAUCCUCAGUCGAAGCAAGCAACAAUGCUUUGGGGCUAUAUUGGGAUUACCAAAAGGUCCAAGCCGAUGGGGGCUUUAAAGUCUACGUUACGGAGGCCAUCCCUGACAAAUGGCAUUACAAGCUAAGCCCUGAUGUCGUGGAAAACUCGUUCAUGUUGGUGGCCAAGACCGGGAUUGGAUUCGCGGAAGAUCUUAUGCCUAGAAUUGAGCACCUUCGAGCUAAAUAUAAACGAACCAAUCACGGGUCCUUCGAGAACGAAAUCUACGGUUCAUCCGGCUAUGAUCCAAGUUUUGGUCAUAUGCAAACCGCUUUUGUGGCCACGGGACCAGCCUUUAAGAGUGGCCUAAGAAUAAUUCCAUUGAACCAGUCCCAUGCAGUUAGCAUGGUGGACUUGUUUCCACUUCUUUGCCAUGUGUUAGAAAUCGAUCCUGUUCCACAUAGGAAUGGUAGCUUGGGGCACUUAAUGUAUGUCUUGGCUCAUCCACCCUCUAAAGGAUUUAAGCAGACAAUCGACAAGUUUGUCAAAUAUGUCAACGAACCUCAACAUCUCCCUCUUACAGUGGCAUGUUUGAUUGCUUUAACAGUGUUUGCCAUAUCCAAGAUGUGCGUAUUGGCAGCCCGCAGACGGCACCGUAGACUACUGGCUCAGCAAGGCUUUCGCUACUCCCAAGUGCGAAACAAUCGACGAUUAGUUGGGAAUCCGGAGGAUGAUCUAGAUGGGUAUUUCGAUGCAGAGGAGGAUGAAGAGGAAGGACGAAGUGAUAAACAAGAACUACUCAGAAAUAGUGAAGAUAAGUUAACGAACCCAAAAAAUCCGGCUCAAGCCUGACGCUUUGGGGACCUCGAACAAUGUUUAGUGGAGGAAUUUCGGAUGUAACUUUUACAUUUUGAUUAUGGCACUGAUCUUUUCCUCCAUGUUAUAUCCAGGAUUUGGUAUUUGUGUCCCCAGUUGCUCCAUGUAUAUAGAUUUAGAAAAUUACAAUUGAUCCCAUGCUCGAGGUCCGUGUCUCAAUUGAAUACCAUGUCUGUCUCUGCUACUCAUAUUAUUAGUAUCAAUAUGUGUAUAUUCACGAAAAUAAAGGUCAAGCAGGAUUCGUGAA